AUGAAGUGGUUGCUGUCAGCUGUAAUUCUAGUUGUUGGUACCAUCACUGGAGUCCGAUGUGGAUUCGGACUGAAUGUGACUGUACCAAGUUUCACAAAAAGUAUCACAAAUUCAAUCGGAAACGGAAUUAAUUUACUGGUCAGAGCAAAUGCAUCCAUUCGAGUGGCAGCGGAUGAUGAUGGCAGUGGAUCGAUUAAAGCCCUCAUAACAGUUUCAAACAAUGUGACAAACCCUUUGAACAAGUUACUUGGAAGUAUUCUGGCUGCAUCAACCGCCGAAAAUGGCAAUAUUGAACAGUUAUUUAGGAACAUGUCCUCGUUGGUUGCGGAAACUAGGCCUGCACUGGAUGCUGCCUCGAUAGCAGCUUGUGACAUUCAAAAAACUACCAAAGAUUAUCUCUUUCAAUCGCUCAGUGGAAACCUGACAGCAUUGAACACAAUGUUAUCUAACCUAUCGGAAGGUUUGAGUUAUUUAAAAGUGAUAGUCGAUCAAGUAGCCAGUGAAGAAUAUCCCGUGACUAGACAAAAUAUUACCGUUUACAUGAACGAUUCGGUGAUCGCUACUGUGACCACUCCUCUAACGGCCAUUCAGGGUUAUUUGACUAACAUAGCUUCCACUGUCAUGGUCGUCGCGUCGGAGAGAGCGCAAUUCUUGAAAUAUCUAACUCAAAUGGACACUACUAUUAACAACGGUCUUCGGAAUAUCCAAAACUCGGCCACUGGCUUCAAUCGUACGGUGAUGGACACGUACAAUCGGACCAUGGCACAACAAAUCAACACCUUCAAGAAUAUCAAUCAAACUUAUGCAAUGAUCGUCUCGAGAGCUAGUUCCUACAACGGGGGUAACAUUAGCAACCUAACCAUGUUCCUGAACGAUUUGGUGACAUCCAACGACAGCUUCUUGCAGUUCGUCAGUCUUAGUACCAACUAUACCAAGGAGCAGGUUAAUCUGGUACUGCAGGAUCGAAUAGGUGCAGUAACAAAAACUUUAUGGAGAGUCUCCAGAUUUAUAGCGAAUCAAAGUACAGUCAAUGCUAGUCAACAUACCAACCAGUGCGCCCAGCGUUUUAUGCAAAAGCUGCAGCAAAAUCCUGUACUGAUUACAAGACUGUCGCGCUGUAUUCAGCAGGAAUCGAACUCCCUUCAGCCGACAAUCACCUUCGUUCAGUACCAGAUGGAUCUGGUGAGAUCCGCUGCUAAUUCAAUUGCCAACCAAAUGUCUAAAAUUUGCCAGCGGAAUACCGGUGCCUGUGCUAAAUCUUAUUUUGCAGCUCUGCCGAACCACUCGGAGGUGAUACAGAACAAAAUCUCCGUCAUCGCGGGAGUAGUGAGCAAUGAUGAACACUUGUUGACCGAGCGAAUCAUCAACUGUCUCAACGGAACCGGAGCGGACAUAAUCGAAAACGCAUUGUUGAUACCGAAAAAGUUUAAUCGUUGUUUGCUGAUGGGUCCGUAA